ACAGCCUAGUGUAUUAAGGUUAGAAGAGGAGGAGAGAGAAGCUACGAUCUUGAAAUAUACAAAAGCGAAAUCUUAUACAUGGAAUAAUCAAGUCCCUGCCGUUUAAAUAAUAAAGAGUAGCCCAUAAUAAUACAUCUUUAGUAUACUUCAGUAUGUCGUACAAUAUCUCAAAUAAGCCCCCUCCCUUAAUAGCAGUAUCGACCCCGCCAAUCAUAUAGACAUAAACCGAGGCUUCCUAGAAAGUUGCAUGUAUCUUGUUGUAUUUUCAAACGAAGCUUCCUUUUAUUCCUUGUAGUUCGUAUUUUGCUGUAUAUUUCACCUACAUUUUGGCACUUGGGUAUCUAUACACAUAUCUACCUACGCUGGCAUACAAAGCUAUGGCAUUAUCAGAGACAUACCAGACCAUCCAAAGCUGGAUCACUCGACAGCUGGAGUACGAGGCUACACACGGCUCUCCCGCGCCGUUGACAGACACCCAACGGAAGCUACUUGAGAAGCUUCAAGUUGCGUUACCUCCUACUACACCACCUCAACCCGAACCGGAGCUUGGCGAUGCUAAUUGGGUCGGUCUCCUAUUAGAAUACAGAGCUGCCCGUCAACGAGUAUCCACUAAAUUUCCCGGAGGUGACUUUGUCGAGAAACCGGGCCCAACUGUAUAUGGGGUUCAGAAGUGGCAUUGUGAAGUGCGCAUCGAUGAGCAUUCGGAGCCGUUUCCCGGAUCUGAUGGUGGCUUGUUCCCAGACGGAACGCUGCCGUCUUUCGCACGCAAGAAAGACGCCAAAAAGUAUGCAGCAAAAUGUGCUGUUGAGUGGCUCGGCGUAAAUGGAUAUAUGUCUCGACUUGACGUCAACGGCGUAAAAUCCCCUCCAGUCCAAAAACCAGCUACACCACAACCUUCGCCAGCUAGGAAGAAGCAGAAAGUUGUGCCAUCUUCACCUGAGAACCACGAGGUUUCUAUUCCUAGCCCUCAGCCAAACAAAGAUCAGGAGAGCUUUUUACCUAAGGGAAUUGCCUCCACUUUCAACGGUGACGAGGUCUCGGCUGUUUUCGAAGCCGAGCGGCUUUGCACCCGACUCGGGUACCCUGGCUUUCCUCAGUAUAAAACCACAGAGGGCAAGAUGGCAGGUUUCUAUAGCGGUCUUCCAGAGCUAGGGACUCUAGCUUCGAAAUUACCCCCAGGCAUCGGCCACGUAAAGGAUAUCUACGGCAAAAAAGCAGUUAGGGAGAAGAUCGCGGAAGAGUUGCUUGAGCCUCUACGCGGGCUAGCUGCAAAAUCUGGGAAGGCAGAUGGGCGAUCGAAAACAGGUUCGUUGCCAGUUAGAGAGACAGAACCGCAGGUUCCGGCCUAGUUAGGUGCGAAUCUGGCGAGCUUGGUUGCUGAUGUAGCUGCAUAGCGUGUCCGGCGUCAGGACUAGAGUGUUGAAGAACAUACAUCUCAUAGAGGAAUCACGCAGGUAACCAUAAAUCAAUUCAGCUUCUUCCAGUGACAUAUCAGAGCAGAGCUAUGGGUUGUGUGUUACAGCCCUUAAAUCAAGACGAUUCGGCAUAAUUGGCUAAGUUAGUUCAGACUCUACUUUGGUAACAAACAAAAGAGGCACUACCCCGUCAUGAGCCUCUGCGAUGCCAAAACUUCUGACUUGCACAACCUUAC